AUGUUACAAGAUAUUAUUGKGUCAACAGGUGUUCCUAUUCUUACAAUAUCAGAACAUGAACCGGAGUACGAUGUUGAGGAGUGUUCACAAGGAAAUCAGUUUUUUAUCCCCAAGGUUGAUGAUGAGCUUAAACCAAAGAUCAACUCACACUUCUUAACUAUAAACGACGCGGAAAAGAUGUAUAGGGCAUAUGCGGACAAUGCUGGUUUCGAUGUUCGUCUGCAUGCCAAAAAAACAAACAAGAACGGGGUCAUACAAACAAGAUGGUUUGUAUGUAAUAGGGAGGGAACACCAAACAAAAAGUUUUUUGAUUCCAUGGAUAUUCAGUCUGGUGAAAGGAGAUACCGUAACACGAACCUUAAACGUUGUGGAUGUUUAGCAUGCAUAAAAAUMCAUUUGAAAAAGGAUAAGUCCGRUUACGAAAUAUAUGARUUUGUCGAGGCACAUAAUCAUGCGCUAUUCAAUACUAACGAUCGACGUUUCUCAAGGAAAAAUAGACAGAUGAAGUAUACGGAUUUCAAAAAUGUCUUGAAUAGCUCAAGCUACAAAGUCGGUGCGAUCAGGGCUCACCGUAUACAAACGGCAUUGAAUGGUGGGUUUGAGCACAAUCGGUGUUCUGAGAUCGACUUUAAGAAUUUCAAGAGAGAUGCAGUUGCAUGUGUUGGGAAAAAGGAUGCGAAGAUGUUGAUCAAUAAACUAUCCAAUAGGCGAGAUAUUGUUCCCGGGUAUUUUUUCGAGUACAAGUGCAAUGAUCAGGAGUUGKGUGCCAUUUUCUGGGCAGAUGAGAUCGCUAGAGUUAACUACAAAGAGUUUGGGGAUGUAAUUUCUUUCGACGGGACGUUUCGCACCAACAAGCAUGCGAUGAUUUUUGUUCCCUUUUUGGCGGUUGACAAUCACAAAGCUUCGGUUGUCGUCGGAUCGGCGUUAAUAAGUGGUGAGACAAUWGAAAACUUUACAUGGGUUCUAAGAGCUUUCCUAAAAUGYCAUGAGAAGCAACCGGUUUUUGUGAUUACGGAUCAAUGUUCGGCGAUGAAGCAAGCCGUCCCGUUGGUGUUUACGGAAGCUAAGCACCGACUAUGUAUGUGGCACAUCAUGAAGAAAGUGCCUUCUAAGGUCAGUGUCGCCCUAAAUCAAGAUCMUCGGUUCAAUAAGGUUAUUAACAAGCUCGUGUGGAACAUAGAUAUUGGCCCAUCGGAAUUCGAGACCAAGUGGCAAGAGAUGAUCGAGCAAUACAAUUUAGGUGGUGAUCCGUGGUUCACAGAAAUGUAUGAAAUACGUGCAUCAUGGAUUCCGGCCUAUUAUAAGGACACACCGAUGUCUGGUCUUAUGAAAACGACAUCAAGAUCCGAGAGUUCGAAUUCGUAUAUUAACAUAUACGAAUCAUAUUGGUUUGAUUUGGUUYAGUUUCUUAAUAAUUAUGACGUUGCYAUAGAGAAACAAAGGUACAAGCAAGCGGUGCAUGAAACAAUAACGAGGACAACAUAUCCAAAGUUGGUUACUCCAUUGCGCUUAGAAAGACAAGCAGCAAGGGUAUACAGUCGAAAUGUGUUCGUUGACAUCCAAAAGGAAUUAAAGAAGGCUGUAUGGUUUUGUGGUAUAGAGAAUGUCGAAUGUCGGGGCGAUAUCAAAACGUUCAUUAUAAGCCACAAGAACAAGAUGAAGUUUGUCAACACCACGUAUUUGGUCUCCCGAAACUACCCAGCUAACACGGUCGAAUGCGAGUGCAAUCUAUUCAAGCGUAACGGUUAUCUGUGUCGUCAUGCAUUUAAGGUUCUAAUAAACGACGAAGUUGAAAGUAUUCCGGACCAAUACGUUUUACGUCGAUGGAAAMAAAAUUUGGUCCCUGUCCAGAUACAAUCCGCUAGGGUUCGAUAUGGUGAGGUGGAUGCAGAGAAGGAUAAGUCCAUAAUUGAUGUAUACUCCAAAAUCGACAACAUYAUAAGCAUCGCCCGAAAUGAUAAGUCGAUACUGAAUAGAUUGGAGCAGAAUCUCGACAAUUUCAUGGUUGAUAUCGAGAAAGAGGUACCGUAUGAAGACCCAUCCCAACAAAAGUUGGACGCGAUCAGAGAUCACCUUGGUGUUUCCAUACCGGAUGACGUGGACAUUCUACCACCAUCUGGAAUAAGGAAUAAGGGUUGUGGUACUGGUAAAAGGUUGGUAAGCGUGUCUGAGAAAAUACAGUCCGGUAGCAAGAAAACCCGUCGAAAAUGUGCGACAUGUGGCCAACGUACCGGACAUGACUCACGCAAUUGUCCYGAAUUGAUAGAGUAA